UUAAAGUUUUAUCCGUUGGAGAGGAGAAGAAGUAUAAAAAUAUUUGAAAUGUUUUCUAGGAUGGCGUGGCAACACGCGCCUCAAAGAGCGUGGAAAUGAGAAGAACCGGUGCGUCAUAGACGUAUAUGUCCGAGACGUUGAGGUCAAAUCUAAGGGGCCAAGUGAAACAACAAACCAGUAACGUCACCACUAACUCAGCUUCAAAUCCAACGUUACCGCAGCCGCCGCCGCCGUCGUCUCUGGCCAUCGGAAAACCUCCUCUGCGAUGGGUGCUUUAGAGCCUGUGGAGGAGAGAGAAAACUCGGAAAAGGAUGGUGAAGAGAGAGCUGAAGAAGAGAAGGAGAAGAGAGAAGAUGAGGAGCAUAAAGAUUUGGAGAAAGGUGAAGAGGGUUUUGAAGAGCAAGUGGGAAGAGGCACUCCACAGCCGCAGGGGGAUUUUCAUGUAUCCAUGUUGCAGAGAUUGAACCCCUCAAACCCCUUGAGGGUUGCCAUCCCUGGUGUCACCAGGGCAACCACUCCAUCUCCUGCUCAGCCUCGCUCCACCUCCACUCCAACCCCACAACAAACAAUCACAACUCUGAAUUCAACGGCUUACACCAACAGAAUAUCCCUAUUUCUAUUCCUGCUCCACGCGGUUCUUGCUGUUGGUCUUGUUUGUUUCCUUAUAUUCAAGGGAAUUCAAGGGCUAUUAGAACCAGGCCAGGUUCAAAGGAAAGAGAGGAAGCUGUUAAAGUAUUUUUUGCCUCAAGUAGAAGCUGCUUCUCUUCUUAGCAUUACUCUCGCAUUUGCAUGGCAAAAGGCAGUGAGAACAUGGCCCAAAUUCAUGAUUCAUUUCAUUCUGUGGAGCACAUUUUUGAUGUCCUUGUCCGCUGGAAUUCUCCUGAUUUGUUUUCAAAUGCCCUCCACAGAUGGGGUUGGUGUUUGUUUUAUACUAUUUGCAAUAGGCAAUGGGUUGUAUGCUUGUUGGGUCACACACAGAAUCAAGUUUUGCAGCAAGAUUUUUAUCAAAUCGCUCGAACCCGCAUCGAAAUUCCCUGAUCUGAAUCAGCCCACUUACUGGAUGCUUGGGGUCGGGUUCAUGUGGAUGUCACUAUGGAUUUUAGCUGUAAUGGGAGCCUCGAAUUUCCACUUCCCUCCAUUGAUCAUAAUUGUAUUAGUACUGAGCUUGGCUUGGACUGCAGAAGUGAUGAGGAAUGUUGCCAAUUUAACAGUUAGUAGGGUAAUUGCUUUGUAUUAUCUCAGAGGAAUGCAAUGUAAUACAAAGUUUUGCUUCCAAAGAGCCCUGUCUCGGAAUCUUGGCAGCGCUUGUCUGGGGUCAACCUUUGUGCCUGCAAUUGAAGCUUUGAGAAUUGUCGCCAGGGGACUCAAUUUGCUUGAGGGAGAAGAUGAGUUCAUGUUCUCUUGCGCCCAUUGCUGUCUCCAUAUCAUGGAGUCCAUCUUCAGAUAUGGCAAUGGCUGGGCCUAUGUACAGAUAGCUGCAUAUGGGAAAGGUUUUGUGAAGGCAUCACAAGACACUUGGGAGCUCUUUGAAAAGAGAGGAAAGGAAAUGGAAGCCAUCGUUGAUUCUGACAUAACCAGUGCCAUAUGUUUCCUCGCUGGCGUCUGCAGCGGCUCAAUGUGUACCAUUGUUGUGGCUGCUUGGACUUUCUCUGUGCAUGAAGGCUUCACCGCCACCCUCUCCCUCCUUGCAUUUUUCGUAGGAUAUCUCAUGGCGAGGAUUGCCAUGGCACUACCACAUGCCUGUGUGAGCUGCUACUAUGUGUGCUAUGCAGAAAACCCUGACAACCGGCUGUUUGAUAAAACAAUACCCGAUCGUCUGAACUUGAUAAAAUCUGGUCGCGAUGUGGUUGUGCCUACGCCUAGAGUCCCACGGCACCUCCCAGCAUAGCUAGUAAGCGAAAGGCUCUAAUUUUUUAUGGAUUCAAAAAAGAUGUGAUUGCAGUCACUGUCUAGAUGUUGUAUAGAGUUGGAAAGCCAUUUUCAAUAGUGGAAGGCAAUAGCAGACCAGAAAAUAACAGAGGAAAAAAAAAGGGAGAAAAGAGAGUAGAAACUAAAAUGAUAAGGAUGUUUCGUUUGGUGCCAUUUCAUUGCUCCUUUGCCCUUUGCUUUAAAAUAGAGAAAGAAAGCCCUUUUGUAAAGUAGCUGAAAAUGGACCUCUUUUAUACAUCAUGUCACUUUCAAGAAUUAAGAUAUCAGCAUCAACUAUUGAUGCAUUGUUGGAAAGCAUUGAAAUCUACCAACAAUUUGGUGAAAAAUACCAAUAAAACAUGAAAAAUCAUAUUGAUA